AAAAAAAAAAAACUAAAAUUAAAGCAAAUUUCACCACGCGCCCCCUUCGCGCUAACUCAAACUCAGUCUCCCUGAUCCCAACAAACUAGCAGAGCUACAAACCCCAAAACCCAAAAUUCCCAAACCCUAGACUCACGCGUCAAAAAAAUUGUUGUAAUUCUAACAAACACAGAAUCCAAAUGUACAUCAGAGCUAGAACAGCAUAGCGGAGUCUAGAAAAAAGAAAAAAAAAAGGUGAAAAUUUUCCAGUAGCUGUAAAUUCUUGAGAGAGUGAGGAAAUUCCGGAGGAGAAAGCCCUCCUUAAAUGGCGUCGUCGAAGGUGAUGGCAUCGUCGAAACCGAAAAGUUCGGAUCUGACAUCAUCAUCAUCGUCAUCAGUAACUGCUCGAUCUCGACGCGCUUCUUCUUCUGCUUCUGCUGCUGCUGUUUCUGUUUCUGUUGCUGCUUCUUCUACAAAAUCACUUAAUGAUUUUUCUUCUAUUCGUAGUCUGACGCCAUCGUCGUCAUCAUCGGCGACGUCUACAAUGACCGUCGACGGAAUCCUACGUAAUAAUGUCUAUUCCACUCCUUCCGCUGAGUCUACUCUCCUCGACGCCCAAAUUACUCUCUUUGACGCCCCUGCUCCUCUCCUCCCGGCAACACCACCACCACAACCGCCGGCGACGGCGGCAACAAUUGAGACAAACCAUGCUAAUAGUAGCAAUAAUCAAGAAAUGAACAGUGUUCUUCCUCAGGCUAGUAAAACCGUGGACGAUGUAUGGAGGGAAAUUGUUGCAGGGAGAAAGGAGAUGAAGGAGGAGCCCGAUGAGAUGAUGACGUUGGAGGAUUUUCUGGCCAAGGCUGGGGCAGUGGACGUUGGGGAGGAGGAUGAUGAGAUCAAGAUGCCGCCUCCAGAGAGAUUGAGUGGGGGACUUUAUGCGUUUGAUCCGGUUCCACCCAGUGCUUUCCAGCUGUUGGAUAAAGUAGAGGGGUCGAUUGUUGGGUUUGGGAAUGGGAUGGAGCCUUCAUCUGCUGGAGGAGGGGGAAGAGGUGUAGGCAGGGGAAAAAGAGGGAGGACUACCGUAACGGAACCAUUAGACAAGGCAGCACAGCAAAGGCAGAGGAGGAUGAUCAAGAAUAGGGAGUCAGCUGCCAGGUCUAGAGAGAGGAAGCAGGCUUAUCAAGUGGAAUUGGAGUCCUUGGCAGUGAGGCUAGAGGAGGAGAAUGAGCGAUUGCUGAAUGAGAAGGAAGAGAGGACUAAAGAAAGGUUCAAGCAGCUUAUGGAGAAAGUGGUGCCUGUUGUUGAGAAGAGAAGACCACCCCGAAGGCUUCGGAGAGUUCAGUCCUUGCAGUGGUAAGAUUGUAUGUGCGCAGGGCGUGAGAUGAAAGACAAACCUUUUGCUGAUGUGGAGAGUAAAUCAAAAGCAGUAUUGUUGGUAAAUUUCAUUUUCUUUUAAAUUAGGUUUUUGAGCCCGAUUGUUGUCUAAGAGCAAUCGCAGUUCUUAAAUUAAUUGGGGAAAAAAAAAACAACAUGAAUCAUGGGAGGAAAAUCCCUUGUUUAACUGAAUUUAGGGAAGGAUCCAUCACAGGAAGAUGGAUGUCAGAAGGUAGUUAUCUAGUUUGCAGGUGUAGCAAUGCAAAACUUAGUGCCUCCCGAUUGCUUAAAGAAAAGGGAAAGAAAUUCAAAAUUCUGGACCGGCACAAGUGUUGGCAACUUAUGAUAGCUCUUAAUACAAAAUAUAGAUUGUUGGAUGGUAACUAUUUAGGGUAAAGUUCAUGCUGCAUUAAUUUCCUGAAAAAAUUGGUGCAUGUGUCAUCGCUGAUGUGAACUGAAGCUGUCUUGUUGGAGCAUCUCUCUCUCUCUCUCUCUCAAUCCUGUGAUGAUGGCGAUAUCAUGAUGUAAGAAAUGGUCCUUUGGUAGCGCAUUGUAUAAAAAUUGCGUGCUGCGUAUUCUGCACGCUCAAGGGUAUUGUUAAAAAAAUGACACUGCUUGUAAUCAUUCCAACUAGUGAAUUGAAUUGAGGCUAUCAUCAGCAACUUUAAAUUCUCGUAA